GAGACUAUUCCACUAAGUAAAAGAGUAGAGAGAAAAGGAGACUCGCUUCAAGUCAAGUAUUUAUCUUAUUUUAAGACUGGUCUUUUCGUGAGGUUACGAACGUGGCAGUUAUAGGAUUAGUCGGACUGAGAAAAAUGGGGAGGAAGACGUGGGUCGACGGCGACGGGAUGAAGAAAGGAGAGUGGACGGCGGAGGAAGAUCAAAACCUUGUCGCUUACAUCAAUGAGCAUGGGGUCUCUGAUUGGCGUUCUCUCCCCAAAAGAGCUGGUUUGCAGAGAUGUGGAAAGAGCUGCAGGUUAAGGUGGCUUAAUUACCUAAGGCCUGGGAUUAAAAGAGGCAAAUUCACUCCUCAGGAAGAAGAAGAGAUCAUCAAACUUCAUGCUGUCCUCGGAAACAGGUGGGCAGCUAUUGCCAAGGAGAUGGAUAAUCGAACAGACAACGACAUCAAGAACCAUUGGAACUCUUGUCUCAAGAAAAGACUGUCGAGGAAAGGAAUUGACCCGAUGACCCACGAGCCUAUCAUCAAUAACCUCACCGUCACGAUCACUAACGAAGAAUGUGGUAGCUCUUCAAUAACUACAUUUUCUCCUACCUCAUCACCUUCCGGCUCGGCUUGUCUCCUGAACAAGCUCGCCACAGGUAUCUCAUCUAGACAACAUGAUCUCGACAAGAUUAAGAGCAUCUUGCUGGAGCCGAGAAUCGCAAGCAGUGACCAAGAUGAAAAAGAAGAGGUAAAAAGGGAUCACACGAUUGGUGGUGGUGAAGAAGGUGAUGAUUUUCUGAUAUGGGACGAUGAAGAAGUUAGGCGUUUUAUGGAGAGUGACGAAAUGGAGUACGGGACGCCGCCGUACGUCUCUCUCUUUUACGAAAGUACUCACGUACUUGAUGACCUCCUCUGACUCCGUUCGGUUGUUAAAAAAUGCAAGUAGCAUUACAAAAUACAAGAUGAAUUUUAGAAAAAUAAGUCGAGUCCAACGAAGACUGUUUUUUUUUUUUUGAAACUCAUAUUUAAUUAAAAGGAAGCAGUUAGUUGGGUGCAUUAACAGCAUCGACAACAACCAAAGGUUCAACAAUAUUCAGGAAGCAUUUAGCCAAGGCAUCAGCAUCCCUAUUCUCUUUUCGAGGGAUCCAAACAAAAGAAGCAGAGGAAAACCCUGCUGCAAAGUUCAAAAUAUCAGCAGUAAUACUAUGAAUUUCAGCCACCAAGGCGUUCGAAGCAAUGCUUUUGAUGAGCAGUGAAGAAUCUGACUCAAAGCGCACAGGAUCCAGGUUGAGACGACGGCUCGUAAUGACUGCUUCUCGGAGUGCAAGACCAACGAAGACUGUUUCGUUUAGUACUAUUUAACAUGAGAUUUUCCAUGUUUCUGUUAAUGUGACAAGUCACAAGUCACACGACCAACCUAUUCCCAUUAUGUGCUGGAAAAACAUCUCGAAACAUAUAAUCUACAGAAAUAUGUCCUGCGCCAUAUAUCGAAUAAAGAUGUAAAAGUGAAAUCUGUUGUUUUUAUCUUGCAAGUUGCAAGGAAUGGUUUUAAAUAACUUAAUUAAAAGUUUUUGGAUU